GAAAUGUCAUGUCGUGUUGGUGUUCUAUCUGGUUCAGGGAUGGAUGUUUUUUAUAAUUUUGAAAUUUUCACAUAAAUUCUGAUAUUUUUGAAAUCAAAAAUGAACGCUGAGAUAGAGGAUAAUAUAAGAAACAAAAUAACCUGGAAUCAAUUACCAACACAUAUCAAACAAAUACUAGGUAAUUCUUCCAGGGAGUAUGAUAAGUAUAUCGCUAAUUUUAGCGUGAGAAAUCAAUUAAGAUAUAGGGGAAAUUUAGUACGACAUGUAUGGAAAAACGAGAAAAGGUAUUAUGAGAGGAUCAUAGCGUAUAGUAGAGAACGAUUAAUGUUAUUUCCUUAUCAUUUGGCUGAUAUGAUAGUGAAGGGUCUUCGUAUCACUCCGUUCAAUUACUACAUUUCUGUUAUUGAAAAGCUUAUUCAGUCUGAGAAGAGUUAUGAUACCUUGCCCAACUUUACUGCUGCAGAUUGUUUGAGGUUACUAGGAAUAGGCAGAAACGAGUAUAUCGACCUGAUAAACCAGUCGAGGUCCAACAGGAGCCGUUUGUUCGGUAAGACCAACGUUAGAAAUCUUCUUCCCAGGGUUCCAUCUAACAUUCAUAUCGAACCCUGGUGGAGGGUGGAAAUUGGACUUGUUCUAGAAGAAGAUAUCAAAAUGGUGAACGAAGAAGAAUUAGUCGUUAUAGAUAAACUUAUUGAUCAGGGAUCACAAACGGCUGGUGAAUUGGAUUAUAACAUUGUGACUAGUCUGUACAAAAAAGGCCUAAUAUACCUGGACGUACCGAUAACAGCGGUGGAUUCUGUUCAAGUACCGCCUUUACAAGGUUUCGUUAUGAACAGGGUAACAGGCGAUUAUUUUGAAACUUUGUUAUACAAAAUAUUUGUGUCCAUUGACGAGCAUAUAACCAUAGGUGAGCUUGCGAAUACAGUACUACAAGUAGAUACUGAAUUGGUGAAGCAAGCAGUCUCCCUCUAUUGCCGGCUGCAGUUCGCCAGGAAACUGAACCCAGACAUCGAAGUGAACAGACGACACCCAAGUUGGAACGUUUUACCCCCAGAUUCGAACAGCGGUCAACAAACAGCCAUCACUCCCUUGACGCUGAACUUCAAUUCGAAGUCUUCCAGUUUCAGCCUGUCGGAAGAGCUCCUGUCUCCUGAUCGUGACCUUCCGGCCAGUCCUGCUUCGAACACUUUGGACAGGAAGGGGCAGAGGAUCGCCUUCCUCUUUGAUUCCGCCUUAACGGCCUUCCUGAUGAUGGGAAACCUGUCUCAGGGUCUGAAAAAGCACGCUGUGACCAUGUUCGAGGUUGGCAAGCUGUGCGACGAGAGCCUGGAUAGUUUCCUGGGGGAGCUGGAGAAGGUGUCUGCUCUGGACGCUGAAGGCGAGGGGGAGGCCAGGAGAUUUUUCGACCACGCAGUGAUCUUGAGGUCGACCAUCUUGGCCUUGAGGAAACUGCCCAGUUGCGGUCUGGAUCUGGUCAGGUUGGAAAGUUUGCAGGCCUUGGACGAGGCCACGUGUUCGAGGCUGUUGCAGAAGAAGUACAAGCUUUUAGUUUCAAUGGCCCCCUUGAGUAGAGAAGUGAGGCCAGUGUUCAGUCUAUCACCGCCACAUUUGGGACCAGCAGUACCAGAAGUCAAUUCGUUGUGGUUCAAACUGUUCAUCUACCACAUGACAGGCUACGGACCUCCCUCUCUCCUUCUAGUCAAAGGGUCUAACAUCAAGCAGCUACCUCGCAUGUUCCUCGGCUAUUCCAAGCUCCUGGUCACCACCUGGCUGCACGAGCCCGCCAUCAUACCGAUAUCGAACGUGAUCCACGUGAACGCCGCCCUUCAAUACGCCCCGGUCCUUAUUCAGGCCUACGGCGUCCACCAAGUGGCCUCGACCAAAGUGGUGCCGUUCCCGUUCAGGCCGGACACUCCGGUCAAGGGAGGCUGCGAACUGAACACGGACUACCGCUUCAGGAAGCAUCCGGCCUCGAGGAUCCUGAACGACAUCAUAGACAUCGAGAGGAACUGCGGAUUCUUGACUUUCGUCAAUAUAGGCGUGCUGGAUUUCGGAUGUUCGAACAGGGAACCGACAGUCAGACUGGUGAAUAACACGAAGAGGAGCAUGGCAGGGCAUUCGAAGAUCGAACGGUUAAAACCUGCAUCAUCCAUGAACCCCGUUGAACCGACUUCCUUAUCGAAUGAAAAUUACAGCUUAACAGGCAAGAAACGCUCUAUAGAAUCAUCUAGUAAGGAAGUGGAUAAAACUAAAGGAUCUAAAGUACAAGAUCUGAGUGAUAAGGGUUACAAUUGUAACACCAACGAGGAAAACCACUCCGGUGCCCCCAAAAACGGCUUUAUAAGCGAGGAAAACUCAAAAAUCCUCAGGGAAGAGCUGGAAGGACUGAGUAAGGACGAUAAAGUGUUAAAUAAGGAAGAUAGUAUGUUAGAUAAGGUGUUGGAAUUGAGGUUAAGUACGACGUUCUCUAUGGAAGGCCUGGUAACGCCUUCCGAAGAACAUGUUAGCAUGUUUACCCGGGAGAGUAACUCGAAAGAGGACUUGGUGAAGGAGGAAGAGAAGGAAAAAGGAGAGGUGUGGACGCUCCUGGAUUGCCAUUUCGGUGUUCCACUGUUCGAUGCCAACGCAAACACCAAAAUCUGCGACACGAUUAUUUUCGGUGGAUUGACUGAGAAAACUAGUUUGGCGAAAUUGGUGGAGUCAAGUCGAAAGUUGGGUUCGAUGCUUCUCGAUUUCAUUUCUCAAUGUCAGUAUUAUCCCGGUGAAAACAUGGAGAUAAUGAAGAGGGGUAGGUUGGUGCCCCAGCCCAGGUACAACCUGGUUUUCGAUAACGGGAAAGUGUCUGAAUGGUCGGGGAAAUGAUUUUUCGAACUUUUAGCGGGUAACAAGUAAUUCAGGUAUGGAAGGUAUCUGUUGUUUCGUGAUUUUCAUACAUAUUUUUUUACAUGGAAAAACGAAAGUGUUUGUCGGGUGAUACCUUGUUUUUUCGAAGAUGUUUCGGAGUUGUAGGUUUUUCAACUUCUUAAAAAAUAGGAUGGCUCGGUACUUCAGCGGAAAAAACUAGAAUACUUAAUUUUUUUAAUAUUUAUGAAAAGUGGCCUUUAUUAUCUGCUAUUAAGAUUGCUUCCAUUGUAAUAUUUGAUAGUAAAAUUGAUUUAGUUAAGAUUAAUGGUGAAUAUUAUCGUUUUUCAUGUUGAUAUUUUUUUUACCACUGAUACGUAUUUUCCUCUUUUAAUACAUGUGUUCAGUUGCAUUCCUUCGGCGAAUUCCAUUAUUUUAUAACUUACAUCACGUGUAUUAUUUUAGACUUCAAAGUUUUCCUUUAUUAGUGAAAAAAUUAUUCCAUCAUUCCUAACGUUUCAAGAAUCAUUACGCUUCAUUAGUUGAUUGAUGAAAAAUUCGAAUUAAAUUCCGCAUAGUUUAGAUUUUUUUUCGAUAGAAAUAGAUCGAUAAUAAAAGAAAUGCGAUUGAAAAUGUGACUCCAACUUGUUUUUUUUCCUGUGCGAAAGUAUUUUAUUCUUAUUGUGUUUCACGUUCCGUACAUAGCUAAAUGGUUGUUAUGUUUUGAAAUAUGUAUUUUAUUGUAAUAUACUAAUAUUAUUUUAAUUGUUUGUUGAUGUUUUUAUGUACUUAGUUUUGUUUUUUUAACAGUAUUAGUUCCAGUAAACUAAACAUUCCGUUUUUCAAUUGUUCCACAUGAACUUUAUGUACAAAUAAACGAUUAUUGUCA